AUGGCUCCUCGACACAUUGCACGGGCUCUGGGCCUGCUGUCACUCGCGUCGAGUGUCCUAUCAUUAUACGUCACACCCGAAUCCGACUGUGCCGCGUUAUGCCUGGGAAGCGCGAAUGAGACGAUAAGCUCGACGGAAGCCUCCAUCUCCGCAUCCGACAUUGCUUGCAGGGAUGCCGAGUACAGUUCCUCCUCAUCAGGAAUCAGGUAUCGCAACUGCAUUGACUGCUUGAGCAAGAGUCAAGAAACGGACGGCGAAGAGAGUGACCUGCAAUGGAUGCUGUACAACAUGCGCUAUGCGUUGAAUACAUGCCUCUUUGACGAUUCAACAGCCGUCAAUUCACCAUGCAUCAUCAACUAUGCGUGCGAGCCACUGGAAGACGCCCUGAGAACAGGCCUAUCAACCCCCGGCGAGCAGAACUUCGACUAUUGCACGGCGGACGAAGGCGCCUUCUCAAAGAAAUGGCAUUGGUCCUGUGUCUCAUGUCUCAAGAGCAGUGGGACGCAGGUCUAUCUAUCCAACUUCCUUCAAGCACUUAAAGCCGGCUGCGAGCAGAAGCCUGAGCUUGGAGAUGUGCUCACUAUGCGCGGAGAGAUCUUCUCCAACACACUGCUGAACAUUACCGUGACCAACACCACUCUACCCGGCGAAGGAGGAGCUGAUUCGUCCACCAUGACAACGGGUACCUUGGUUGGUAUCGGCGUCGGAGGCGGUCUCGGCCUUCUGGGAGCCAUCGCACUCACAGUCGCUUGCUGCCGUCGCCGAAAGAAGAGAAAGGCCGCGGAGAAGGACGACCUUGACCGAACUCCCCCACCGGACAGGAGCAAUGCAAGCUCCUUCACGGCCAUCAACCACAGCCCGUUCCUCCGAGACCACAAGAAAUCACCUUCUAUCUCUACGGAGUAUGAGCUUCAGGAGAAGCAAAAACACAUAAACAAUGCCGACUACUACGAUAGGAUGGAAGAAGAAGCGCGAAUCGGCCGCGCUAAAGCGAGCUACAACUUCGAUCCCCGCCUUUCACAGCAUGGUCCCGGCAGUGCCAUGCCCACACACCCGGCGUAUAACCCCCAGCGAACACGCCCGACUCCUACGCUCUCCAAGCCUAUCUUAAUGCCGCUGAAGACGGAGUCCCAGGCGGCAUGCCACGCUCCAGAUCACAAACCCCAUCUGGCCGUGGCUCACCACCCUGCCUCCACUGGACGCUCUUCCGCAGAGCCCCCGAUCACCGGUACCAGCACCACCCGCACAGCCCAACAGCUCCCCGGCGGGAUCCCCCCUCCGCCCCCGGGCCCCCCUCCUUCUCAAGCGCACGUCGCGGCGUCCAAGACUCGCUCCACGAGGGCGCCUUCUCUUGUACUCCCCUCUCUACCUCGCAUCCGCAUGCCCAAGAGGUACGCACCCCCGACUAUUAACGUCGAGGGCGCCACUCCGGUCGACGGCGACCGCCAUCCGGCCGAUGAUAUGCAAAUAUCUGAGCCCAUUGCCCUCCACGAGGCGCGUUUCACGGACAAACCUCUUGGCGGACCCGUCGUUCUCGCUGAUUCGGCACCGAAGAGGAAUAUCGACCCCAGGGUGUAUGAGAAUGACCAGCCGAUCAACAGCGGCAAAAGCACACUGUUCGGGUGGUCGGGGAAUUAG